AUGCCGUUGGGAUUUAAUAAUCCGCUGCCUUCUUCGCUGGCGAGUGAAUGUCGGAAAGCCAGCAAGAUCCUGCUCUCGUUCAUUGAUCCGUCGGAGUCGUUUGGGCCUGAGAAGGUCAUUCCACCAGAGAUACUCGGCAACGCAAAGGGUCUGGCAAUUCUCACAGUGGUAAAGGCCGGGUUCGUUGGCUCAGCUAGAUUUGGAUCCGGUGUCGUCGUUGCUCGGCUUGGAGACGGGUCGUGGUCCGCUCCCUCCGCCAUCACCACCGCGGGAGCUGGCUUUGGCGGCCAGCUCGGCUUCGAGUUCACCGAUUUUGUCUUUAUACUCAACGAUUCGGCGGCGGUCCGUACGUUCAGCCAGGCUGGCUCGAUAACGCUGGGAGGAAAUGUGUCUGUUGCGGCGGGACCCGUGGGCAGGAAUGCCGAAGCUGCAGGUGCAGCCAGCUUAAAGGGAGUGGCGGGCGUAUUCUCAUAUUCCAAGACCAAGGGACUGUUUGCCGGCGUGAGUCUGGAAGGAAGCGUGCUGAUUGAGCGGAAGGACGCGAAUGCGAGAAUGUACAACUCCAACAUAUCAGCCAGCCAGCUGCUGAGUGGUGCCGUACCUCCGCCACCCGGUGCAGAGCCGUUGAUGGCAGUACUCAGGUCGAGGGCGUUCUCGGGACGGUAUGGUACCACCUACGCAGAGCGGAUGUACAACGACGUCCCUGUGUAUGAUGACCGACAUGUUCCCGACAUGGGAUAUGGGGCCAGGAACAGGUCUUCUUCGACCAGUGACUACCAGUUUGGUGACCGGCCGCAGCGACAGAGUACGUGGCAGGACAACGUCCACGACCGGCAGUUCAGCGGUAGCGGACUGAAUCGGUCGAACACUGUGGCCGGACGAGCCAACCCGAACGAGACGUUCGACAGCUUCGGCCACAGCCAGCGGGGAGUAGGAGGCGCCUUCGAUGGCCGCCCCGCCCGUCCGACGGCUCCAAAACCUGUCUUUGGACAGAAGCCACAGUUGGGCAAGGAUCAGGCAUUAGCUCUGUUCACCUUCGACGCCGACCAGGAAGGCGAUCUGGGGUUCAAGAAGGGAGAGAUUAUCACCAUCGUGAAGCGGACGGAGAAGCAGGACGACUGGUGGACGGGCAAGAUUGGAAGCCGAGUCGGUAUUUUCCCAAGCAACUACGUUGAAGCCGGAAAGUAG